AUGAGACCAUAAACUUCUGAAACUUUUGUACGUGAAUUUCUGGAUGUCUAAAUGAGACCGAAAACUGCGAAAUUGAUGACAUCCACGUAAUUAAGGAAUUUGAGUGCGAAAACAUCAAAACCUAAUUUUGAAUUUACUACUAAGCCUUAAGUGGAAGUUCACUAUUAAAAGUUUGUACCAAGGAAUUUUGGAGUGCUUUGCGAUCAGUAUAAAUGGCAUUUUGACAUUAGAGGUUACUAUGAGAGCAACAAAUAAAUAUAACUGUAGAAGUUUGGAAGAUCAUAAAAUAAUGGUACAACGUAAAAAACCAAGAUUUCCCAAAGCAAUUAAUAAUAAUAACAACAGACCAAGAAACCUCAAGUAUACAAAUUGAUUGAAAUUGACUCAAGAUAAAGAUAGGACCCAGAAACUAUAACUGAGAGGGAGAAGGAAUUGAAAUAUAAGAGAUAACUACUACAAAUAAUAAAUGACGAUGUGUAGCCUUUGGGAGAAAUACAUAGAACAUUCAACAAAGGCAAUCAUGUCAUCAUAGCAAAAUUAACACCGAUGCAAUUGAGAAAGAGGAAGGUGAAAAAAGAACACCAUCCUUUGACCUUAAACUGGAAUCAAACCAAAAAGCUCUUAUUAGUAAAGGACUUGACAAACUAUCUGAUUGAAAAUAUGACAUAUUAAAGCAAAAAGAUUUCAUUGAAUGUCUAUGCAAUAAGCGGAUCCGAAUUCAUAGAUGAAAUCUAAAAACCAAAGGACAUUGAAUUCGUAUUGGAACAGCGUAGAUUUACUUGUGUGAUGCCCAAAUUGAUCGUUUAUUGCGAUGACAUUAACAAACAUGCAACUAUUCCAUUGACCAAUUUAAAAAUGUCAUAGCUACUUCAAUCCAAUUUCCAAGAGAUCGAUAAUUAUGUAAUCUGUUUUCUAAUGUAGAUGUCUGAGAUAGAUGAAUUGUCCAACUUUGUAAUCCCACAAAAAAAGUUUCCAGUAACAAUUCAACCAGGCAAAUUGACCAAAAAGGAAAAAAUCAUAAAGAAAAUCGUGUAUCACGAGGAAUCCUAUUAUCAAAUCGCCUUCAUACCACCCUCAAUAGUCGUUUCUAACAAUGUUAGAUAAAUCGGUUAAUUUCAUUUCUCCAUAGCUGAUUUGGAGUGCUUAGCCAGUUUUUGUUUCAAAAAUCCAAUCCAAAGCUUCAUUAAAAGCUACGUUGAAAUCAUCACUCUCACUCCCACGAGAGCAUCUGUGAAAGUGAACAUCCCAGAACAGCAUGAUGUCGUAGCAGGAUAACAAGGAUUAGCCUGUUCUGAGAAUGGCUUUCUGUUGAAUUAAACCGUUGAUUCCGACUUCAAGAUUGUUUAUACUCCUGCAUCACUAGAGUUCUACAAUCCAACAACCUUGGAUAAAUAGGUGAGAAUCAUUGAAGAAAAGGAACUGCAGCAAAUUAUUGAUUUAGACUUUAAUUUUACAUUAUGA